AUGACCCUCUCCUUCCGCUCCAAUCCAUCAUCGCCCACCUAUCAACGAAAAAACGGCGUCCUUGUCGACCGUAAAAAGAACCACACGCCAAACGUCGCCUUUGUCACCUUCCUCGGCGCCUUUACCGGUGGCAUCGAUCCAAACAAACCCGAAAACGACGACGAUGAUGGAUACUACGUGAGCACCCGCGUCCUAGGCUACCAACUCAUGCACUCCACCACCGCGGGCACAAAUGCAUCCAUCCCUUUCGUUGUCGUCGUGACGGACGAAACACACCCGCGCAAACGCGCCAGACUAGAAAAAGACGGCGCCAUCGUGAUAGAAGUAUCUCGUAUCUCCCCGGGUUGGGCUAUCCCAGGAGACCCACGCUGGAAAGAUAUGAUGACCAAACUGCGGCUUUUCGAACUCACACAAUUCGCUAAAGUCUGUUAUAUCGAUUCCGAUCAUUUGGUCACCGAUCGCUUGGAUGGGAUUUUCUACGACGAGGCGACGAUUAUGCAGCAUACAUUGCAAGAUCCGAAGAAUAUGAGAGAUGAUGAAGCAGCAAUGCCUAGGACGUACAUGAUGGCUGCGCAUACGGAUUAUUGGGGUUAUGAGCAUCCUUAUCCUCCCCCUACUGAUGGCACAUAUAUGAAUUUCGGCUUUGCGGUCUUCACACCCUCGAAAGCGCUGUUCAACUAUUAUCUCAGUGUUCUUGGUAUACCGGGUCGCUUCGACAUGGGCAUGCAAGAGCAGAGUUUGAUCAACUAUGCUCAUAGGAGAGAGGGAAAUAUGCCGUGGAAACCACUAUGGCAUGGAUGGAAUGUCAAUUGGCCGACAGAGAAGGACUGGAGGGGUGGAGCGAAGAGUUUUCAUGCAAAGUAUUGGGAUACAGAUCCGAGUCAUGAUAAAGUGUUGAAGGGUAUUUGGAGAGAGCAGAGGGCGGAGAUGGAAGGGUUUUAUCGGGGUAGAGAUGGUGGAAAGUAG